UGGGAGACAAAGUCAGUUCCUGACGCACGGCCGACUCACCUGGCGACAGUGUCAUUUUUUGUGUUGUUGUUGUUGUUUAUUUUUUUUUUUUCUCUUAUAAGAAUAAAAUAUCAGGUCUACUUUCUAUGCAGAACAGGAGUGGAAACAGAAGGCUAAAGUGCGCAUUGUAGAGAUCUGAUUCAGUUUCAACACAGGCUACGUGUUUUGCGUCUGGGAAAAUGCGCUCGGACCCAUUCUCCAGAAUUUGAGCCAUGGAAAAGGAGUGAGGAACUUUUGCCAAAAUGCCUAAUUGGAGUAUGACUUUUGUCCGGCGGUCCUAUGGAAUAUAGUCCGAUUUUACACAGCCUGCAUGUUGUGCCAUCAUCCCACGUGAAAAACAAACUCUUUGUAUUCUGCAUAAUGCUGUCCCUUUGGGUGUACAUGAUAUAUUGUUGCGCUGGCUACUGCUCCACCAUGCCAAAUCUGACGUUCAGCUCCGUAAAUAAACACGACGCGGCUGAGAACGACGGUGAAGUUGACAACCCAGAGUCUUCUCUCGGGGCGUCCAGGGACUUACUGAAUAAUGAGAAUGAUUUGGACAGCAGAGGAGAUGAGUGGGAUGAGAUUAGAGGCGAGGCGAGGGCGUUGGAUGAUAAUGUCAUGUCAGGUUUCCUCAAUGAGUCGGAAAGUAAAAAGUUGCCCCAGGCCAUCAUCAUCGGUGUGAAGAAGGGAGGGACCCGGGCGCUGCUGGAGUUUCUGCGCCUGCAUCCGGACAUCAGAGCGGUGGGAGCAGAGCCGCACUUCUUCGACCGCAACUACGACAAGGGACUGGAGUGGUACAGGGAACUGAUGCCCAAGACACUCGAUGGGCAGAUGACCAUGGAGAAGACCCCCAGCUACUAUGUUACCAAGGAGGUCCCUGCUCGAAUCUACACCAUGUCUAGGGACACUAAGCUGAUCGUGGUAGUUCGGAAUCCUGUCACACGGGCCAUCUCAGAUUAUACACAGACCCGCUCCAAGAAGCCCGACAUUCCCUCCUUCGAGAGCCUGACCUUUAAGAACAUGACGGCAGGUCUGAUUGACACCACGUGGAGUGCCGUUCAAAUCGGCAUGUAUGCCAAGCACCUUGAGCGCUGGCUCCAGUACUUCCCUAUGGAGCAGCUGCUGUUUGUUAGCGGAGAGCGUCUGAUUAGCGACCCUGCAGGAGAGAUGGCCCGCGUCCAGGACUUUCUGGGCCUCAGGAGGGUGGUCACUGACAAGCAUUUCCACUUCAACCCAGCGAAAGGCUUUCCGUGUCUCAAGAGACCUGAGGGGAAUAGCAAGCCACACUGUCUGGGCAAAACCAAAGGGAGGACCCAUCCGAAUAUUGACCCAGAGGUAGUGCAGAAGCUAAGGGAAUUUUAUAAACCCUUUAACAGUAAAUUUUAUCAGAUGACUGGUCAUGACUUCGGCUGGGACUGAGAGACAAACGGCUAUCACAGACUCACACUGGUCCCUUGUUUGUGUGUUUUUUUUUUUUUUUCUAAUUUUAACAUUUUGAAGUGUAUGUACAGUAUUUGGUGUAUGUGUAAAAAGUACAGAAGUCUAUUUUAUGAUAAUUUAUUU